GCGAACCGAGGCAAAUCAGCAGCAUUUGGUGCUUUUUUUUCCUUUCUUUCUAUGCAUUUAUAUCAUUUUUUAAUGUACUAGUGUGUUUUGGUCUAAAUUCAACGAGACGCCACCAUGGGGAACUUGACGCUCCUACAUAAACUGUGUAUUUCUGUUUGUUUGGGUCUUCUGCUGAUGUACACGGCUGCAGAGAGACAGUACUUCAUUAGUCCACACAACGCCAGCUGGGCUGACGCCAGGAACCACUGCCAGGUCUGCUUUAAAGAGAUGGUGACUCUCACUCCACAAAACGUCCACGUCAUCGCCAGAAUAAUCAACUCCACCCACUGGAUUGGCCUUCGCAAGUACAUAAACUACAAUGACACCUACAACGAAACCGACGACUAUGACUACGACUCGGACUACGACGACUACAACUCCACCAACUCCACCAACACCUCGUCCAAAAGCUUCGGGACGCCCUGGACACUGUGGGCCAACGGGGACCCACUCGUCUUCCAGAACUGGUACCCCGGCUUCCCAUUGUUUAAAUCCCCGCUGCCAAAAAUAGACUGCUGCAGCUGCUCCUGCACCUGCCCGGCACCCCCCAGGACGACCACGACCCCCACGCCCACCACCACCGGGUCGAUAACGGUCUCUGCUGACCCUGAAAGCUCCAGCAGAAACUCAACAGAACCGAACAUCACAGUGACCGACGUCUAUGAAAACAUGACCGACUCUACCAGUUUUUAUGACGUUGACACCGAGGAGGACAUGUUGAUGAACGCCACAGAAGGGGCCAACUUCACAGAAGGGGCCAACUUAAGAGGAGCCAAAGUCACCCAGGCGUGGGGACCCACCACAGCUCACGUAGAUCACACCACAGAUUCGCCGUGGACGACCACACCGCAGAGGCCGAUACUUUCAACGUGCGACCGAUCGCCCAUGCUGCCUCCCGUCAUACCAGAGAAUAAUAAAAACUACAUCGAGAAUUCGUGCGUGGUCAUACUGGCCUUUGGGCCUUGGGUUGAGAGAGAGUGCUUUGAAGAGCUGCCUUUCAUUUGCUAUGAAGACCGCUUCAUGGGGGCCGUCACCGUCUCCAACAUCACAUCCUCGUCCGCAGCUCUGCAGUGGGAUCAGGGGCCCGGUGACAUCAGCCACUAUCGCUUCGAGGCGUUUUCCCUGCAAGAUUCCUGGAACAUCACCAAGGACAUGCAUAAUUUGAACUACACACUCGACAAGCUCACCCCAGGAACCGGCUACAAGAUCACAGUGUUUGCAGUGAAGUGUGGAAGGGACCUCAAUCCACUCAACGGCUCCUUCUACACCAUACCUGGAGAGGUCAAGAACCUCAGUGUGACCAAUUUCACAGAAACCACCGUCAGUCUGAGCUGGAAGAAACCCGACGGGAACUAUGGCUUCUUCCAAGUUCUCGCUUUGUCAGCUUUCGGAGAUGAAAAGCACAACAAGUCUGUGACGAAAGAAGACCUGGUGUUUGACGGCUUGACGCAGGGAACGCCGUACACUUUCAUUUUCACCACAGGAGUCGACGACAGGUCCAUGUGGAGUCAGAACAUCAGCAUCUCAAAUUGCACCCGGCCCGGCGAAGUGUCCAACCUGAGAGCUUUAGAAAACAAGGACACAAGCUUAACUCUCCAGUGGGAUCCCCCGAAGGGAAAUUACACAAACUUUGAAGUGGUGGCCAGGAAUGAAAGCGGGGAGCUGGACGUUGACGUGACACAUCCAGGAAAACUUUCGGACAAACCAUAUAAUGUGACGGUGUCCAAACUGCAAGACAGCACAAAGUUUUCUUUUUCUGUGAAAGUCUUGGGCAUUUGUGGCCCCAAGGGAAAAACCGUAAACAUCACUGCACACACCGCUCCACGAUCGGUCUCAGGGUUGAACUUGACAGCAGAUGCCACCACCAUUAACGCCAUCUGGGACUUCACCCCAAAUCCUGGAAGUCCUGUAAACUUCAUAGCCAAGCUUUUCUUGAAUGGCAAACAGGAGGAAUUAAAAAACACAUUGGAUAAAAAAGUGUCAUUUUAUAACCUGAAAACUGCCACCAAGUACGAAGUGAAGGUCUUUGCAGUUCUGAAUGAUCUGGAGAGCAAUGAAACUAAAAGCUCCAUUUUCACCUUGCCGUCGCCUCCCACUGGAGCUAAAGAACGCAGCAGAACAAAAUAUUCCCUCACCUUUGAGUGGAAUCCCCCACAUAACUCAUCAGCAAAUACCUAUAACUGCACCCUCAACUCUACAUUCUGGGACAACUUCAUCAACCACACAGAAGUUCAAGACAUCACCAUAUGCAGAUUCACUGGCUUGAAGUCAGGAAGCACAUACGACUUUAAUGUGUACACUCUGAGUGAUGGUAAGAAGAGUACGUCAACAAGCUGCAAAGGGACAACAGUUGAAGAUCCAGUGGAAAUCAGCCUGUCGAUGCUCUGUUCUUCAGAGGAGCCUCUGUACUGUGAUAAAAACGAAACAAGGAAGGCUGUAUUUGGCAAGCUUGAAGAACAUUUCAAGAAUAACCUGAAUGAAAAAGUUUAUUAUAAAGUUGCGGAAAUUCCUCCAUCAACUUAGUUGUAAAAAGACACUAUUUGGUAUAUAAUGAUGGUAAGAGAACAUUUAAUCAAGUGUUGUAACAUUUGGAGGCAUUGGAAAAUAAUAUCUGAUUCACUUGCCAACUUUUAAAAUACCAACUCAGAAAAGUUUACUUUAUAUAAUAACACUGAUAAAGCAUAAGACCCCAAUACUCUUUCACAGUUUCUAUUGCUGUUACAACAGAUGAGGCAUUCAGGUCCAUGUGUACAGAAAUCUGAAUUUGGAACGCCAAACACUUUAUUAUUACCUGAAAAUUUAGGAAAAAGUUCAAAAGUUUUUUGUUUUUUUACAACCAAGCUGUGAUCCUUUUCCUUUUUGCACAUUUCCUUAUCAAACAUCAAUUUGUUUAUCUAUUAUCAAUUCACAACAAAUUGAAUAUUUUGACAUCUUACAAGAAAAAGAACCAAAUUCCUGUGCAGUGCCUUUAAAGCAUUCACCCUUGUGCAUGAUAAAUGGUUUUCCUGGAAUGCUACAGUGUGUGUGUGUCUACAUUGAGCAGCGUGUACACAGGAUUGAUUGACAGCGAUUGGUUUGCUGCAGUACUGGUUCCCGUAAAUCUAUCAAGCUGAAAAUCUGGUGGAUUUCAGAUCAGGUUCUCGGUGCAUCUUCAAACCCAAAGUGAUACCAGGAACGAUUUGGUUUUGGGAUUUUUCAAACUCUUUUCACUUUGUUGAAUGAAUAUUGCUGAAAACGUAUAGAUAUUGUUGUCUCAGUUCAUUAAUUGUCUUUAAAACAAAAUACACAAAAACUGAAACGUUGUUGCUAAAUAUUAAUCCUAAAAUCAUAUUUUUAUCUGAAGAUUAACUAACACUUCUUUGAGUCACAAUUGAAUAUCAUCACAGCUGUUCAUUUUUAUAUAUGUAUCCACCAGAGGGCGCUAUUUAAUAUUCAACUUAAAGGAAUUACGAUAAUGUAGGCUUUAGUGGGUUUAUAGAUAGAUUUCUUUCUUUCUUUUUUUUUUUAAAAUACAUAACAUACAUGUAAUUCUUCUUCAGAGCGUUUUUGGGUAUGAAAAUUUUAUUAUUUUCACAAUGCAGAAAAAUAAUAUUACUCUCAUCUGAAGGUCUGAUAAAUAUGUUGCAAAUACUCUUAUUAAAUAUGUAAAAGUUUUUCUAAAAUAUUUUAAAUAUUACCUGACAUGUGAAAUCAGCAUUAGAAUUUCACUGUGACACUUUGGAGUUGCCUUGAAAUACUUAACAAAACAUGCAGUCAGACGUUUUGGUUAAAUUCCUCCGGCUGAAAUGGCAGAUCAAUGCGUUUUCCAACAAUUUAAAAAUAAAUAAAUAUUAUAAAAAUCUGAAAGGACACGAGAUGCAUUAUCUUCAGUUCUCAGUGCUAAUAAAUAGAAAUUGUGAUAUGUUGCCUUUUUAUAUGUUAACAUUUUACCUGAUUCAACUGCUGGUACACAAUCUCUACACGUUUUUAUUUUUCCCACAAAAAUAUUUUUUCAUUCAGUCACAAGCCUGUUGAUGUUAUCAUAGACGGAAUUAAAUUCUGAAUUUUGCUGUCAAUGUGACGUAAAAACAGAAAAUGUACAUAACUCUCUGCAUUUAUAAAUUACAGGUAAUAAUGAUUAUUUUUAGGUCUGUUUUCUGCUGAACUUCAAAUGUGAAAUUAACAUUUGCCUUGAGGAAAGAAUGGCUGAGAUUUGAAAGGAAAAAAUGUUGCUUUGCUGACAUCGCCAACAUGAUUACACUGUAAAAAAUGUAGUAUAUUUAUGUGAAAAUGCAAAUUGAUGCUACCGUUUGUUGCUAUUGUUGUCCUGAACCAGCCCAGCUUGACAUUACUGUUGUGAUAAUCCAAUAAAUGUGUUUUCUGCUGAUUAA